AUGCAGAGAUACCAAGGUGGAAAUAUUUCUCACUCUGAAUUUUUUUUAAUUGGAUUUUCAGGACUUAAAGAACACAGAUGGCUGCUUUUUUUCCCUUUCUUCCUGAUGUUUGCCUUGUCUGUUGUGGCCAAUUCGAUUUUGAUAUUUGUUAUUAAGACACAAAGGAGUUUACACUCUCCAAUGUGUGUUUUAAUUGGUGCCACAUCAGUUGUCAACCUGUUUCUGACCAUGUCUUUUAUGCCAAGAAUGUUGUUAAGCUUUUUAUUUAACUGGGAUGGUAUUUCUCUGACAGGUUGUCUGACCCAAAUGUUUUUCAUUAACUUCACUGGUUCAUUCCAGUCAUCCAUUCUCCUCCUGAUGGCUAUAGAUCGCUAUGUCGCCAUAUGCAUUCCAUUGCACUAUAGUGAUUAUAUAAACACUCCUAAUUGUUUUAAAUUUGUAAUCGCAUCUCUUCUCAGAAGUGCCAUUUUCUUUGUGGUUGUUGCUUUCCUUGAUGGCAGUCUGUCUUACUGUAACUCGAAUAUCAUCGAUCAUUGCUUCUGUGAGCACAUGGCUCUGGUGGGACUGGCUUGUGGAAGCACAUUGAUAAACAACAUUUUUGGACUCCUAAUAAUUUUUCUCAUUACAGUUUUUGAUUGGGUGUGUGUUUUUAUUUCUUAUGUGAAAAUUUUCAUUUCUGUCUUCUUUAAAGCCUCUGGAAAAUCUUCUCGAAAAGCAAUUCAUACCUGCACUACACAUAUUAUAGUCUUAUUCUUGAAUUACAUAUAUGUCAUGGUAGCAUUGCUUUCAUAUAGAAUAGGGAAUUCACUUUCUCCCAACAUCCGUGUUCUCAUUAGUAUAAUGUAUCUACUUUUUCCCAGUUGUUUUCAUCCAAUUAUUUAUGGAUUCAAAACUAAAGACAUAAGAGAACAGAUACUGAAGGCAUUUAAAAGUGUCAGGAAUAAUCAGGUCUCCGUUAAAUGA